GCCUGGAAGGUCAAGGCUGCAAUGAGCUUGAUCAUCCCACUGCACUCCAGCCUGGACGACAGAGCAAGAACCUGUCUCAAAAAAUAAAUACAGAUAAAAAUAGAAAACUUGCACACACUGGCCUGUACACGCCUCCUGCUUCCUGGGCUCGGGCUUCCUGUGGAGCGUAGCUGGACCAUUCUCAGCCACAGUCUCUCCAGGACCCUGAGGGCCUCUUCCCUGGGUCUUCCAGGCACUCAUUACAAGGAUUUCAUAUAUCUGGAGAUCUGGGCUGACUGGAAAGCUGGGUGGAUCAAAUAGGCUCUUAAGGCCACCGUGGUACCCCACUCCCUCUUUCAGCCCUCCUCUAUGCUCUCAGAAAGGGGCAUCGCAAAUCUUAAGUCCUAUAAAGACAAUAAAACACAGCAAGAUGAUAGCGAUUGAUGGGGGUGGGAGCUUGACGGACAAAUACUAUAGGAGAGGGAAGGGAAAAUUGUCCCAGGUAGAGGGAACAGAAUAUGCAAAGGCCCAAUAUAGAGAAAAACAGCCAUAGCUGAAGAGAGAGGAGGAGUAGGGGUGGGGAGCAAAGAUGGGAGGGCUUUAGACAGGGAAUAGCCCCGCCUGGUUUCUGCUUUUGUGGCCCCCUUCUCCCCACACUUGCUCCCCACUGGCCACCACCGGCACUCGGUGAAGACAGGUGGUGAGGCCUAGACACACCGAGAGCCGGGCCCCGCGGGGGCUUCCAAGUGUCGGAUCAGCAAGAUCAUCCUUUCGAGGUCGCCGUCCUUGCAAUUAGUAGAUGGGACCCACUGCCCCAGGGCGGCAGGGGCGCACCCGCUACGAGCGGAGCGCGCUUUCACCGGGAGGGCCUAGAGCAGGAUGUCCUCCAGGCCAUUGACCGGGCCAUCGAGGCUGUACACAACACAGCCAUGCGGGAUGGUGGCAAGUACAGCCUGGAACAGCGUGGAGUCCUCCAGAAGCUGAUCCACCACCGGAAAGAGACCCUGUCACGCAGAGGCCCUUCAGCCUCCAGUGUUGCAGUUAUGACCUCAUCAACCAGUGACCACCACUUGGAUGCUGCUGCAGCCAGGCAGCCCAAUGGGGUGUGUCGAGCUGGGUUCGAGCGGCAGCACAGCCUACCCAGUUCUGAGCAUCUUGGGGCAGAUGGAGGCCUCUACCAGAUCCCACUUCCAUCUUCCCAGAUCCCACCACAGCCUCGCCGAGCAGCACCCACCACACCGCCCCCACCAGUGAAGCGCCGAGACCGCGAGGCCCUGAUGGCCUCUGGGAGUGGUGGCCACAACACCAUGCCCUCCGGGGGUAACUCUGUGUCCAGCGGCUCCUCAGUCAGCAGCACCUCCCUGGACACGCUCUAUACCGGCUCCAGCCCAUCUGAACCAGGCUCCAGCUGCUCACCCACACCCCCACCUGUGCCCCGCCGAGGCACCCUCACCACCGUGUCCCAAGUCCAGCCCCCUCCCUCCAAGGCAUCAGCACCUGAACCCCCUGCAGAAGAAGAAGUGGCAACUGGUACAACCUCAGCCUCUGAUGACCUGGAAGCCCUGGGUACACUGAGCCUGGGGACCACAGAGGAGAAGGCAGCAGCUGAGGCGGCUGUGCCCAGGACCAUUGGGGCCGAGCUGAUGGAGCUGGUGCGGAGAAACACUGGCCUGAGCCACGAAUUAUGCCGGGUGGCCAUCGGCAUCAUAGUGGGUCACAUCCAGGCCUCAGUGCCGGCCAGCUCACCAGUCAUGGAGCAGGUCCUCCUCUCACUCGUAGAGGGCAAGGACCUCAGCACGGCCCUGCCCUCAGGGCAGGUCUGCCACGACCAGCAGAGGCUGGAGGUGAUCUUUGCAGACCUGGCUCGACGGAAGGACGACGCCCAGCAGCGCAGUUGGGCACUAUAUGAGGACGAGGGUGUCAUCCGCUGCUACCUAGAGGAGCUGCUGCAUAUUCUGACUGAUGCAGACCCUGAAGUUUGCAAGAAAAUGUGCAAGAGAAACGAGUUCGAGUCUGUCCUGGCCUUGGUGGCCUAUUACCAAAUGGAACACCGAGCAUCACUGCGGCUGCUGCUCCUCAAGUGCUUUGGUGCCAUGUGCAGCCUGGACGCAGCCAUCAUCUCCACGCUUGUGUCAUCCGUGCUGCCUGUAGAGCUGGCGAGGGACAUGCAGACAGACACGCAGGACCACCAGAAACUCUGUUACUCUGCCCUCAUCCUGGCCAUGGUCUUCUCCAUGGGAGAGGCAGUGCCCUAUGCACACUAUGAGCACCUGGGCACGCCUUUCGCCCAGUUCCUACUGAACAUCGUCGAGGAUGGGCUGCCCUUGGACACCACAGAGCAGCUGCCGGACCUCUGCGUGAACCUGCUUCUGGCUCUCAACCUGCACCUGCCAGCUGCUGACCAGAAUGUCAUCAUGGCUGCCCUGAGCAAACACGCCAAUGUCAAGAUCUUCUCCGAGAAGCUGUUGUUGCUCCUGAACAGAGGGGAUGACCCUGUGCGCAUCUUCAAACAUGAGCCACAGCCACCACACUCUGUCCUCAAGUUCCUGCAGGACGUGUUUGGCAGCCCGGCCACAGCUGCCAUCUUCUACCACACAGACAUGAUGGCUCUCAUUGACAUCACUGUGCGGCACAUCGCAGACCUGUCACCAGGAGACAAGAUGCGGAUCUCCCCUUGGUCAUUCAAGGCACUGCUCAGGCAUUUUACGCAAGAAGGCUUCCCAGGUUGCGAAGGUGACUCAGACGCCUCCUUUGGGACUCCAACACCCUUCCCCGGCAGAGCCCCUGCCUGUCUGCCUCCGUGGUGUCAGGUUUUGUGCCCUCUACUCACUAGAUUGUGGACACAGAAAGCGCUGGUGCUGUCAAAACCACUUCUGGGUUGCCGGGCGCGGUGGCUCACACCUAUAAUCCCAGCACUUUGGGAGGCCAAGAUGGGCGGAUUGCUUGAGCCCAGGAGUUCAAGACUAAUCUGGCCUACAUGGUGAGACCCUGUCUCUAUAAAAAAUGCAAAAAUUAGCCAAGUGUGAUGACAUGUACCCGUAGUCCCAGCUACUCGGGAGGCUGAGGUGAGAGAAUCGCCUGGGGAGUUCGAGGCUACGGUGAGCUGUGAUCACCACUGCACUCCGAAAGAGUGAGACCUUGUCUCUAAAUAGAUAAAUAAAUAAAACUACUUUGGGGGACUCGCUCCUCCAGCCCCUGCA